AUGCAGCUUAGGACGUGGGAUGCUCAGUCGCCUUUGCCUUCCACGAAAGACCUAGAGAAGAGGGCGAAAGCUGCAAAGAAGAAAUCGGAGGGCCAAGCAGAUCGAUUUGCUAGGUUGAAUGAAAUUAUCGACAUGGCUGAAGGUCGGGAUAGGAUAUCGCUGGGGAGGAUCCAGAGGGAUCGGAGAGCGACGAAGAAGUAGAUUUGAUACUGGAGUGGUGACCCUGAUAGUCGGAAACAUGGUUACGGGAGGAAUACACAACAGACUUGUUUAUCG